AUGCAAGGUUUAUGGCUUGACAUUGUAAACCUUGCACAAGGGCAAACUGGAGGGGAACUUUGGGCUGUGAUGGGAGAUUUCAACUGCAUUUUGAAUCCGGAAGAGAAGAGAGGGGGAAAUCCUUAUGACAAAAACAAGAGGUCAGAGGAGAGAGUGAGGGUGUUAGAGGAAGAGCUGCAAAGUGGACCCUGUGAAGAAAGCUUGAUACAAUACAAGAAGUCCCAGGCAGAACCGCAAAGGCAUAUAAGAACUGAAGAAUGGUUUUGGCAACAGAAGGCCCACUCUCAAUGGGUAAUAGAUGGGGAGAGAAACUCAAAGUACUUUCAUGGGAUGGUGAGGGAGAGAAGGAGGAAGCAAUUUAUACACAAAAUAAAAAAUGAGAGGGGUGAAUGGGUGACCAGUCAGAGGGAAAUAGCUGAACUAGCAGUUGGUUACUUCCAAACUCUUUAUAAAGAGGAGGAGGUAGCCUUUAACCCUUCUAUCUUCAAUUGUUUGCAGGAACAAGUCACACAAGAGGAAAAUGCUAAUCUCACUGCCAUUCCAUCCCUAGAAAUCAGAAGCAUUGUGUUUAGCAUGAGUUCUGUGAGUGCAGCUGGCCCUGAUGGUUUUGGUGGUGGAUUCUACCAAGACUGUUGGGAAAUCAUCAAGGAAGAUUUUGGUAAGAUGGUCCAAAGUUUUUUUAAAGGGAAAACCUUAACCAAGGCAAUUUCCCAUACUGCAAUAGUGCUUAUCCCAAAGGUAGCUAAUCCAGCAUCCUUUUCUGAGUUUAGGCCUAUUAGUUUAAGCAGCUAUUGCAGUAAAGUCAUCACAAAAAUCAUGGUUCAAAGAAUGGCUGAAAUUUUAACAAGGGUAGUCUCUCCUUGUCAAGCUGGAUUUGUCAGAAAUAGAAACAUCUCUGAUAACAUUCUUCUUGCCCAGGAAAUGUGUCAUGGAAUCUCAGCUUCUAAUGAGGAUGUGGUUCUAAAGCUUGACAUGACCAAGGCCUAUGACAGAAUGUCAUGGUCUUGUGUCAAACAUGUACUAGGGAAGCUGGGAUUCAAUGGUACCUGGAUUGAUUUGGUGGAGAGAUCAAUAAAUAACAUUUGUCUUUUCAUCAUUGCAGCUGAACUGCUCUCCAAUUUAAUUGCUCAGAUUGGAGCCAGCUUUUCUCAACCUGAGGGGGCUCCUAGAAUUCACCAUCUUGCAUUUGCCGAUGAUAUGGUAAUCUUUGCCUCUGCAAAAGGAGGGGCAAUGACUAAAACUAUGGAGGCCUUGAACAUGUAUGAAAGCCAAUCUGACCAAUUGGUGAGCAAAGAAAAAAGUGCAUUUUAUAUGCAUCUUAAAGCCACAAGUGGGGCAAUUGGCAAAGUCAAAAAGAUAACCAGGUUCCAGAAAAAGGACUUCCCAUUCACAUACCUUGGCUGUCCCAUUUACUUGGGCAGGAAGAAGGUUGAACAAUUCACUCCUCUAAUGUCUAAAGUGACAGCCAAGUGUAAUGGAUGGCAAAACAAGCACUUGUCCCAUGGGGGCAAGGCUAUUCUGAUCAAAUCUGUUUUGCAGGCAAUACCAUCCUAUGUCUUCUUUGCAGUUAGCCCUCCCAAAACAGUGAUGAAAAGGGUGGAGGGAGCCUUUGCAGACUUCUUUUGGGGGAAAUUGGAUGGAAAGGCCAAAUACCACUGGAGUUCCUGGGCAAAUCUUGCAAAACCAGUUGAGAUUAGGGGAAUAGGAUUUACUAGUCUGGAGGAAAUUGUGGAAGCAGGGAGUGCAAAGCUGGUUGAGGCAAGAGAUAAGACUGAGCAUGAGAUAAUCUGGAAGUUGGGUAGAGGGGAAGUAAACUUCUGGUGGGACAAUUGGAAUGGAAGAGGGGCUGUGGCCAAGACCUACAACAUAGGGGGCAAAUUGCAAUCCAAUGAAACUGUGAGAGAGAGAUAUGCCAAUAAAAGUUGGAAAAAUCUGAAUAGCCAGGUGCAGAAUGAUCUUAAAAAGCUGGUCUUGAAGGAUGACCAGGAUGAUCAGGCCCACUGGAGACCAGCUGAAAAUGGAGUUUUCACUUUGGCCUCUGCAAAAGCUCUCUUCAGGAAGCAGAAGUGGGGGGAAAACUCUGAGAGGCAGUUUUGGUUCAAGAAAAUUUGGGCAAAGCACUUGCCCUGGAAAUACUCCUUCCUGACAUGGAGAGUUCUUAAGGGAAAGGUUCCAACUGAUGACAACUUAACAAAAUUUGGCUACCAAAUAACACCAAAGUGCAGCUGUUGCAGAAACCCUGGCAGGGAAAAUGUGCAGCAUGCUUUCUGUGAAGGGGAAACAGCAGGCAAGAUCUGGAAAUACUUCAUUAAGACUUCGGGACUUGGAAUCCAAGUGAGGAAGCUGAGGCAAACAUGUUAUGAUUGGUGGGGAAAAGGCCACAGAAACAGGUUGAUAAAAUUCAUAUCUGAAAGAUUACCUGUUCUGAUCAUCUGGGAAUUAUGGGUACAUUUGAAUCAGUGCAUGCAUGGAAAUCAAACUCCAUCCAUUCCCAGGAUCAUUUUUAGGGCAGCAAGAGGUGUGGCAGAUUGUAUAAGGAGGAAAUGGACUGCAUGGGAGUCCUUCCCACCAAACUGGGAAUACAUUUUAAGGAAGGCCAAAGGCUUUGGAUGUACAAGGAUUGUAAGGGAUUUGAGAUGGAAUAAACCUCCUAAAGGCUGGGUCAAGCUGAACAUAGCUCAAGGUGGGGGUAGUUGUAGCUUCUUCAUAAGGAACUCUAGAGGAGAUAUUGUCUUGGUAGGAACACAACUGGGAACAGGAGAACAAGUCCUGGGGGACUGUUUUGACUGGUGCAGAUCCAGAAAGAUUCAUCAUAUUCAGGUGGAAUCUCCAGACCGGCUAGGAUUGAGUGAAGGACAUUGGACCAAAGGUUUGAAAGUUGGGUGGCUGAAAUGUGAUACAAGAGUGAACUGCCUGGCCCAGUGCUUGUUGGAAAGGUCCAAAGGCCAGAACCAGGUCUACCUGAUAGCUGAGGUUCUUCCUAAAGGCUUUUCACAUCUGCUAAGCCUGGAAAGCAUUCCACACUUCAUUUCUCUGCCAGGUUUUGAUUCUUUGAGGGCCUUGCAGUAUGAUAGAAGGCAAGGGACCCUGGGAUUUAAGGGUCUCCUCUGA